AUAUUCUCCCUUUUAAAUACAAACUUAACGGUUUUUCUUCUUCUCCUUUCCUAUAAAAACAACCAAAAAAAACAAAUCUUUAUAUUAUAUUCGAAAUUCAACAUCCUCUGUUCUACAACUAUAUCUAUCUAUUCUUCUCUCUAUAUAUAAAUAUAUUUAUCAUCCUUUGCUUAUUAUAGCCUUCUCUAUACAUACAUAAAACAUAAAAGCUUCCUUACAAUUCACGUUAUUAUUUUCUUCUUACUCAUCUUCUACCUCUGUCAUAUUAGCGGCGCCUCCUUGAAAAAGCUGCAAUUUUUACAUUUUAUAUCUAUCAUAUUUUUCUUCCCCCAAAAAACAGAUUAUAUUUGUUUGCUUCUAUGAUAUGAAUUUCGUGUCUAUAUAUAUAGAGGUACAUGUAGAGUAGUUUUCCAUAACAACACAGUGAGUUUGAGUUGUUAAGAGAUAAAAGAAAUAGAAGAAAAGAAAAGAUGGUGAUGAUGAAGAAGAAAGUAGUAGUAGUUAUUAGAGAAUAUGAGAAAGAAAGAGAUAGUAAAGAAGUUGAAGAGGUAGAAAGAAGGUGUGAAGUUGGUCCCAGUUCCAAAGUUUCUCUAUUCACUGACCUCUUAGGGGACCCUCUUUGCCGCAUACGCCAUUCCCCUGCUUUUCUCAUGCUUGUAGCUGAAGUGGUGGAAGAAGAUGAAGAAACUGGAAAAGAAAAAAGAGAGAUAGUGGGAAUGAUUAGAGGAUGUAUUAAAACCGUUACAUGUGAUAAAAAAUUUCCACGACCUUCCAAGUCUACCCUUUAUGACGCUACUAAACCUCUCCCUAUUUUCACCAAAUUAGCCUACAUCUUAGGCCUUCGUGUAUCUCCUUCACAUAGGCGGAUGGGGAUAGCCUCGAAGUUGGUGAAUAAACUUGAAGAAUGGUUUCGUCAAAGUGGAGCUGAGUAUUCUUACUUAGCCACUGAAAGUAAAAACGAAGCUUCUAUAUCUUUAUUUACUCAAAAGAGUGGGUACUCAAAAUUUCGGACUCCUUCAAUAUUAGUCCAACCCGUUUUUGAACACCGGGCUAAGGUAUCGGGUCGGGUGACAAUCAUCCGGGUUCGGCCUUCUGAUGCCGAAAUCCUCUACCGCAAGAAGUACUCCACUACGGAAUUCUUCCCACGAGACAUCGAUGCCGUGCUACACAAUAGACUAACACUUGGUACGUUUGUUGCUGUGCCGCGUGAGUCAUACGCGCCAGGAUCAUGGCCUGGGGCGGAGAAGUUUUUGUCGAACACGCCCGAAUCGUGGGCUUUACUUAGUGUUUGGAACUGUAGUGAAGUGUGGAGGUUGGAAGUACGUGGUGCAUCGCGCGUGGGUAAAGGAUUGGCUAAAACAAGUAGAGUUAUGGACCGGGCUUUACCUUUUCUUAAAAUUCCUUCAUUUCCAGAGGUUUUCAAGCCAUUUGGGCUUCAUUUUUUGUAUGGGCUUGGAGGUGAAGGCCCACAAUCUGUGAAGUAUAUAAAGGCUUUAUGUGGAUUUGCACAUAACUUGGCCCAAGAAAAGGGGUGCAGUGUAGUGGCUACUGAGGUAGCUUCAAGAGAUCCGCUUAAAUUAGGAAUCCCACACUGGAAGAAACUAUCUUGCGCCGAAGAUUUAUGGUGUAUUAAAAGACUUGGGGAAGAUUACAGUGACGGGACUGUGGGUGACUGGACUAAGUCACCGCCUGGUGUAUCUAUCUUUGUUGACCCUCGAGAGUUUUAAGAUUACUACUAGUUUUAGUAAUACUAGUUAUUUUCAGUAACCUCGUAAUUUCUAACAUAUCUCAAUUUAACUGCGGAAUGAAAUUAGAACAAAACAAAAAAAAAAACUAAAUAGUUUGUCUUUUUUAUGUUUUUUUAGUUAAGUAAUCCGUAGAUUGUAACGAUUUUGAUAGUUAACAUAAUAUAAUAUUUGCAAAAAAAAAAAGGACGUUGGUUGUCCUAUCAGAUUGAAACCUCGCAUCCGUCUAUUUCACCAAUUAUA